CAGGUGUCAGACUUGAUUUGAGCUCGUGCUGCGCUUCUCGAAAGUUCAGUUGUUGCAGAAAACACGCGUCUUGUAUUCGGAAUGCUAAAAAUCAAGAAUAUUUUAGCGGGAAUUGGAACAUACGAGACAUUCAUCAGUAUCUACCCCGAUUCAGGUCCUUUGAUGAAGUGUGUCUGCCUGUUCCCACGCGACUAUGUGCAGAUGUGCCUGUGCAUGAGACUUUUCUGAGCUGGGAGGCGUAUGUAGCGAAUAACAACUAUAGAAGAGGAAACAUUCCUAGCAAAUCAUGGAGAGCGACGGUAUGGUGCCGCCUAUGAAGGGCACCUCAGCCGCUUCCUGUCCACCUGGAAGCUCGCCCUUCAGCGGUGUUCAGCUGCAAGAUAGCGCAGCAGACGCCCCUGGCUCACCAUCAAAGCGAUCAGCUGCUCUGGAUCUGACCGACGCAGUCAUCAGCUUGCAGACAGACCCAAAGCGAAGGGAUGCACCCAGCAUUGUGCUUCCUCACCAAAACGCAGAGUUUAUCAGCCACAUCGCCAUAGACAUAGGAGGCUCCCUCAUCAAGCUGGUGUACUUCUCACCUGAGGACACCCAGGCUGAGGGCUGGGAGAAUGGCAAAACACGCAAUCAGGCCGGAGGCAAGAUCCACUUUGUGAAGUUUGAGACGCAGCGCAUUGACGACUGCAUCGACUUCAUUGAGGCCAAGGGGCUGCACCGCACCCACAACGGCAAGGGCGAGCCGGACGGCCGCGUGCGCAUUGUCGCCACCGGCGGCGGCGCCUUCAAAUAUGCCGACAAAUUUGAGGAGCGGCUGGGGGUGCUGUUGGAGAAGGAGGAUGAGAUGGACUGCCUGGUCAGCGGCUCCAACUUCCUGCUCAAGGCCAUCCGCCACGAGGCCUUCAUGUACGAGAAUAGCCAGACCAUCUUUGCGCCCUCCAACACUGAUCAGGACCUCUACCCGUAUCUGCUGGUGAACAUCGGCUCGGGAGUGAGUAUGCUCAAAGUGGACGGUGAUGGCCAGUACGAGCGCGUGUCUGGGUCCUCCCUGGGAGGGGGCACCUUUUGGGGCCUCUGCCGCCUGCUCACCAAGUGCCGCUCCUUCGACGAGAUGCUUGAGCUGAGCAGCCGUGGCGACAACUCCAAGGUGGACAUGCUGGUGGGUGACAUCUACGGAGACCGUGACUACAGCGCAAUUGGGCUGUCAGCCAGCACCAUCGCAUCUUCCUUCGGCAAAGUGGUGGCCGAGAAUAAGGACCUGGAGGACUAUGACCCGGCAGACAUCGCCGUCGCACUGACGCGCAUGGUGUCCUACAACAUCAGCCACCUGGCCUACCUCAAUGCCAAGGCUUAUGGCAUCCAGCGCGUGUUCUUUGGGGGAUUCUACAUCCGCGGCCACCCCUACACCAUGGAGACCAUCUCCUACGCCAUCCGCUUCUGGUCCAAGGGCUCCAUGUCGGCCAAAUUUCUGAGGCACGAGGGGUUCUUAGGCGCUGUGGGCGCGUUCCUGAAGGUCCACCCCAUGACCCCACCCAACCAGGCGUCCACUGGCUCGCGCGAACCUCGCAAGGUGCGUGCGAACUUUGUGGAGCGCUUCAGCAUGGGCGCGCCAUACUCUGGCGGUGAGAUCCAUGGGCCGGCAUUCAGCGACGUGGCUGAGAAGGUCGACUGGGUGGAGCGCUUUGUGCGCCUAGGCACUCAAGCCACCGAGGCUGCGCGCUCCGAACGCGACAGGGCGCAGGCGGGCAUGGGGCUGUCACGAGACAGCAGCGGCUCAGACUUCCUGGCUCCCGAGUCCCCCUCGCCCUCAUCAUCCCCCAUGCCGCGCAUGAAUCUGCACCUGGGCGUGCUGCACUACACACCCUCCAGGGAGCCCUUCCCGCUGCUAGCGGACGCGGUGCACUACACUCCGGACACGCUGGACAUCUGGGGCGACCGCGCCGAGAUGGACUACUGGCUGGGCGUGCUCCUGGACCAAGUCGGCACCGUUGUGGAAAAGGCGGCCGCCUGUGACGGCCAGCCCGAUGGGCGGAGGCGGGCAGCGGCUUUUGGCCGUGCGCUUGAGGCGCACCUGGUGAAGAUGCGCAGCGAGCCGGGCGCGUACGGGCAGCUGGGCCUGUCUGACCUGCUGGAGAUGCGCGAGGACUGCCUGCGAGAGUUCCGCUUCACCGAUGUCUACAGGUUGGACAAGGCACGCGAGAAUGCAGCAGCGCUGGAGGUGCUUCCAGAUCUGCUGACAGAGCUGGAUGGGAUGGCGCCGGCGCCGCGGCUGACAGCGCUGAUAGAGGGCUGCCUCGCGGCCAACAUAUUCGACUGGGGCGCCAAGGCCUGUGUGGACCUCUACCACAACGGCACCAUCCUUGAGAUCUACCGGGAAGCCAGGACGAAGUUGUCUCGGCGUCCGUGGAGAGUGGACACAUUCGAUGCCCUGGCAGCCAAUUGGUUUGGUGCCAGCAGCUCCGACACGCUCGGCGAGUCCAGCGCAGUCCCCCGCUCGCCCUUCCGGCGAGUCAUCAUGUUCGUCGAUAAUGCAGGCGCGGACAUAGUGCUGGGGAUGAUCCCAUUUGCGCGGGAGCUGCUGCGAAUGGGCGCGGAGGUGGUCAUGUGCGCCAACAGCCAGCCGGCAAUCAAUGACAUCACCGCGCCGGAGCUGCGCGCCCUGCUCAAUCAAGUCGCCGCCGUCUGCCCCGUCAUCAAGGCGCGGCUGUACGUGUGCGGCAAUGGUCAGGGCAGCCCAUGCCUCGACCUGCGCCGAGUGCCAGAGGCGCUCGCGGACGCCACUGUGGGCACAGAUCUUGUCGUCGUUGAGGGCAUGGGCCGCGCAAUCCACACCAAUUACAGGUCCAAAUUCAAGUGUGCGUCGCUCAAGCUGGCGAUGAUCAAGAACCAGCACCUGGCAGAGAGACUCUUUGGUGGGAAUGUCUACGACUGCGUCUGCCUAUAUGAGCCGCCUGCCAACACAUAG